GACCAACGUAAAAAAUACAAACAUACAAGUGUUGUAAUUAAGUUUAUUUGAAUUUGAAAUUUUUGUUUAAACAACGAAACAAUAACUAAAUAAAUUUAAGCUCCAUCAGCACCAACCAGACCAAUCUAAACUAUACAAAUGCCCUACAUUAUAAUACGUGGUAAUUUAGCUUCAUAUAGUCAUAAGUAUCCAUGGCGUGUUUUAGUGUCAGGACUAAAAGCAUCUGAUAUAGAGCAAUUGAAUAAGUUUUCUUGUGGCGGUUAUAGUGAUGAAACAACAAUUGUUUAUUUAGUACAUCCUUGUCAUAUUUUGUCAGCAUUGGAGAUUUUAGGUUUUCGUGUUGUAGCAUCCUCCUCCACAGCGGUUAAACAAGAUUAUAACGAGUAUAUGUGGACAAUGCGUAAAGAGUUUACCGAACCAGAACCACUAGAAACCGAAUCAGCCGUUGUAAGAGAAAAUCUUUCAAAUAUCGGAAGGGAAGCAGCUAGUUUAGGCAACUACCACAAAGUACACUCACCCGAAUAAAUUGUAAAGUACUUGAUAUCAAAUUUUUUAGUACCAUUUUUCUACUCUACUCUCAAACCUCCAACCCUUGUCCUCAAACUCCAAAGCCAAGUUUGUUACCAAAAAAAAAAAAAAACAAGAA